AUGACAUGACAAUACGGAAGUGCUCUUCUAAUUCAUUUCAUAACUACAACAUCGUUUAUUUAUCGUUCUAGACAACCUCUAAGCACUGUAUAUCCAACGGACAUAGCAAAAUGGCACAAGAAUUUGUGGAAACCAAAAUUAAGGGAGAUAAAGUUGUUUUGUUUAUAAAGCCAACGUGCUCGUAUUGUGUGAUGGCCAAAGAUGUUCUUUCAAAGUACAAAUUCAAACCUGGACAUCUGGAGUACAUUGAUAUCAGUGGACGGAGCGACAUGGGUAGUUUACAGGACUACUUUCUGGAAAUAACAGGGGCCAGGACCGUCCCACGGGUUUUCAUCGGCAAGGAGUGUGUGGGAGGAGGUUCUGACGUGGCAGAGAUGGACAAGAGUGGUAAACUGAAGGAAAUGAUGCAGUCCAUCGGAGCGCUGCAGUGACGCACACUGGGUUCAGGAAGUGACAGCAGGGUGAGCAGGGUCACAUGACUAGACAGCGGGACUUGCGAAGUUUGCGUCGCCGUUGCUGGUACUCGCUCAGCUCCUGUAGGUAACCCCUGGACGGCCACCGAAGUCUCUCCACCUGCUCUCGCUCCUCCUCUUUUGGGACGCAAAAGAAAGAAAGAGGGAUUUUCUUUGUUUUGCUUGCUUGCUGUCGGAAUGAUAUUGUAAUUCUCGAUAGUUAUCAAUAUCAUUAUCCAUUUAAACAAUACGAUGCCGUAGCCAUGCAUCUCUAUAUGCAAAACAUGCGUACACAAACAAACAUACAUAGACAAAGCAUGCUAUAUCCCCUUGUUUGUUUCUGCCAAAUCAAAAGCCAUCACCUUGCCUACACGCUUAACUGAUACAAUUGUGUUUACACUUUGAACCUGUGGACCAAUGCCAAUAAGCCUCUGCCAUGCCCAGUUUUGAGAGAACUCAAACUAUUCACUUCACUUGUGCCCUUACAGACCCGUCCAUUUGACCCUAAAUAUGCACUUGUGUAUGAGAACUACAUCAUGAAAAUAAACAUGCUUAACAUGCUUACUAAAACCA